AAAGCGGCUCCCAGGCCAGCGCUCCGCUGACGGCUACCAAAAGCGGCUCCCAGGCCAGCGCUCCGCUGACGGCUACCAAAAGCGGCUCCCAGGCCAGCACUAUGGCGACGGCUACCAAAAGCAGCUCCCUGGCCAGCGCUCCGCCGGCGGCGACGGCUACCAAAAGCAGCUCCCUGGCCAGCGCUCUACUGGUGGCUUCCAAAAGCAGCUCCCAGGCUGGCGCUCCACCGGUGGCUUCCAAAAGCAGCUCCCAGACUACUGAAAGUCCCGCUAAAGUGUCAUGGAAGCCAUUAACAAGUGAAGAUGCAAAAGAAAGACAGCCUUUUUUCAAUAGACUGUACAAAUCUGUGGCCUGGAAGUUGGUUGCUGUUGGAGGUUUUAGUCCCAAUGUCAAUCAUGCAGAACUUCUAAACUCAUCCAUUCAGUCUGUGAAAGCCACGUUAGAUGUAACUUUUGUUCCACUGAAGGAACUUGCAGACUUACCUCAAAAUAAAAGCUCUCAUGAAAAUAUAGUUUGUGAACUGAGGUGCAAGUCUGUUUAUUUGGGUACUGGCUGUGGAAAAAGUAAGGAAAAUGCCAAAGCUAUAGCUUCAAGGGAAGCUUUGAAAUUAUUUCUAAAGAAGAAAGUUAUUGUAAAGAUAUGUAAAAGAAAGUACAAAGGACGUGAAAUUGAAGAUUUGGUACUUCUUGAUGAAGAAUCAAAACCCUCAAAUUUACCCCCAGCUUUAAGAAAUCCUCAAGAGAUCCUGUAGGACACACAAGAACUGAGGGUUACUUUUGUACUCUGAAAAUGUAGGCUUCCAGAUAUUUUGUAUUUCUCAGUUUUGCAGAACAACUACAUUAUUGUUCCUUUCACACGGUAGCAAUUGUAAAUAACUUCUUAUAGAUCACAAGAAAAGUGUGCAUUUAAAGGUAUGCCUUAAUAUAGAGCACACUAGCGUGCUGUUUUAUUUGCUAAAUAGUCUAUCUAAGUCUUCUAUUUUUAAUUAAAAGAUUAAGGUACAACUUGAUUAAAGUCUAAUAAUUUUGUAAUUCUUACAAUUUGGUGGUAGUGUGCUCAGUUGUCUACCAUGUCUUUUUAGCUGCAUAGGAAUGUAUAUAGGGACCAUAGUACUUGAAUGGUUGAAAGUUGUUAAAUUUCAAGGGAAAGGUUGUCUGUUUGAAAUUUGUUGCCCAUAAUGUUCACUAUUCUUGUUGAAAAGAGAGAAAAUAGUUGGCUGACUAUUUUUAUGAAAAGUUGUAACAUUUUAAAGUUAAUCCUAAAAUAUGUGAUCCUGUUUAACAUUAUUACAAUAGCAAAUUGUCAGUAAAUAAUAAUCAGGGUGAUUUCAACCACCAAAACUCUUUAAGCAAAUUAAACUUGUGAAAUACCAUUUACACUUUGUUUUUCAGAUAAACAUGGAUUUCUAUAUAAGCAUAUUUUAUGACUGCUACUAUUAAAAAUAAUAAACUUCUGGGAUAUCCUCACUUUUACUAUUUUGUUUUGGAUAUUAAAUGCUUUGAAAACUGACCAUUUUGAUAAAAGUUAGUAACAUCUUUUUGGGAAAAAAAAACCUUAUACAUUAAACUGGGUCAGAAGCAUCUGUGAAAAUGAUCAACAGAGCAGUACUUCUUUUUUUUAUAUAAAAAGAAAAAUGUACACUGACUUCAAUGUGGAAGGGUUUCAAGGUGUAGUUACUGGUGGUUCUUAUUGUUUUAUUAAGAUGCACAAGAGAUACUAAUGUAAAACUAGAAUAACAAUAUUUUCCAAUAAAUAUUGGAAUGUAUACUAUUCCCACUCUAUCAUCAAUUAAAUGUGGGGCAGAGGAAAUGCAGGUGCUUCUGUUGGGUUGAGUGUGUCUUCUGAAAUGAGUUUACACAUAUUUUGAGCCUUAUUUUACUCUGUUUACUCACUCAGUACUCACACUGAUAUCAGGAAGUUUCAUGCAAAGAUCAAGGGAAACCAUGGCCCUUUAGGUGCAGCAGUCUGGAAAGAAUUAUAAAUGGAGUGUAUAAAACACUGGAUAAUAAAAGUAAUGGCUGAGA